CUUUAUAUAUAUCUAGCUUUUUGUUGGGUUUUCUCAGGCAUAAUCUUUCAUCCAAGAACAUCUAUCAAUCUUGAAUCUCAACUUUGUCUGUUUUUAUAAGAGAGGCAUAAUAACAAGAAGACUUGUUUAAAAGACAAAAAUGUUGAGAAAGAAUGUUGAUGAAGAGAAGAAACUAAAACUGAAUCAACCAAUUCUAUCUGUGAGGCGAAUUUCGUCGUCCCCUAAGAGUAGUAAAGAUGAGGACAAAGAGGACAAGGAGAAGGAGCCAGUGAGGAGCCCCGGGGUUGUGCCCUUUGUGUGGGAAGAUAGCCCUGGAAAACCUAAAUCUUCUCCCGGGGAUAGAACGGUAAAUGUCAGGCAUCAAUGCUUUGAUAAAGCCGUUAGAAGGAGGCUAAGUUUCACGAAUGUCGAAGAACAACAAGAAACAAACUUUGUCUUCUUUAAAGGGCCCCACGCAAACGACAGGACAAACCCACACACGAAGGACUUCAUGAUCGGGCUAUUCUUGCCAGCGAAUAAGGGAAAAGGUUCAGAAAUGCCCGUAUACGCCCCUAGAAAUCAAGGGCCAUAUCAAGGACCGAGAAGGAUACGACGUUAUCACCAAUCACACGAUUUCAAAGGAGAAGACAACGCCGAAGUACAAACAAACGGUUUCCCCCCUAAAGUUUUUCGAGGGGUGCCUCGUUUUUGCGUGAGAAGCUCAAUUUUCAUUGUGAAUCCCAUUUCCGCAACAAAUUUUCAUAGAGCACAAAAAUACUCCUUUGCCCGUUCGUGCACGAGGGUAAAUAAUGAGCGACCAAAGGGUGAUGUGACCAAGCAGAUUUCAGAUGUUCUUAAUACAAGUCACAGAUUCGCAGCCAGCGUCGGGCUUGACGCCAUGAGAACCUGCAAAAAGUUCUGCAGGAAACUUCAAGAUCUCAUGGCCGCAGAUCGCACUAGUUCAAUGCAGGAAAUGGAGGAAUCUUCAACUCCAGAAACAGAUUCUCCAAGGAUGAUGAUGAACGAGCAAGACGAAGACGAAGACGAAGAAUUCGCUGCAGAUUUCACUUUCACUGAUGAUGAUGAUGAUGACGACGAAGAUGAGGACGAGGACGGUGAUGAUGAUGAUGAUGAUGAUGAUGAUGAUGGAGCGGAAAGAGUGGAGUAUAUGAGAAAUCGAGGAAAUUUAGUGUCAGAUCUGCAAACUUCGUCGUAUAGAUUCGAUGAAGACGAAGAAAGGUGUGUGAAGGAGGAGAUGAGGAGUAGAAAAUUAAGGCAUUCAGCAGAUUUGAGUUUUGAGUUUCCGGUUUCGCCGCCGCCAUUGCCGGAAUCUCCAUCGGAGUCAUGGCUCUCCCGCACUUUGCCUUCAUUGUCUGCUAAAUCUGCACCUUCAACCCCUCGUCGCCUUCCAUUGAGAUAUCCCACGCCCAAACCUUCUGAGGUGAAGAGGGAGAUUUUACAGCAUAAAGAAUGGUGAUAUGAAGAGGCAAUUUGGCCUUUGGAAUGCCAGUUCUUCAACUAUGCGGUCCUUAACACGUGGAAUAUUUUAUCUUUCUUUUUAGAUGAUUCUUCCUUUGGGAGAGGGGGUAAUUGUUAGUAUGAUCAUACCAUUCAUACACCAUAAAAUCUAAAUCUUGAU